UUGGUAAAGGCAGUUUCUGACAUUCUUAAAAAACUAGAAGAAGAAGAAGAAGAACAAUGCGAAUUCCCAUGGUCUGAGACAUGUACGCCUCAAUGGUCAUGUCCUAAAUUUCAUUCUCAGUCCCUGCCACACUCGAUCACUGAUCAACCUCGAUUCCGUCGAAUCGUUCUUUAUGCAAGGGGGGUUGAUUUUCAACGUUAAGGCUUUCAUCUUUUGAUUGGGUUUACCUUAACAGAUUUGACAAAAGUGAUAUAUACUCGUUUGGCUAAAAUUAAUGGAAAGGAAAAUGAAUGUAGACAGGCUUAGCAAUUUACCAUGGGAUGUAUUAGACAGCAUUCUUCUACGCAUUCCCCUAAAAGAAGCUGUGAGGACUAGUGUUUUGUCUACAAAGUGGAGGCUCAAAUGGACUAGCCUUUCCCAAUAUUUGAUCGAUGACAGAAUCUUCUCUAGUGGUUUAGGGCUGGACCCGAUAGCCAGAUGGGAUCAAAUUGCGGAAAUUUUGCGUCAAGUUGAAAUGAACCACAAUGGACCAAUUGAGAAGUUUAAACUCUCUGCUUAUUGUCGUCUGGACCAUUCAGUUUUACUUCAGUGGAUAAUUUUCUUAAGUGGGAGAGGUGUAAAUGAGUUUCUUUUGGAGAGGUUUGAUUCUCCCAUGCCUUUUGAGUUCCCUUUUGAUCAGUUUUCUUGUCCAAAGCUGAGGCAUUUGGACCUUUUUUGUUGCAUAGUCAAGCUACCACUUGUUCAUGCUUUUGAAGGGUUUAGCCACCUUAUGAGCCUUCAGCUCACUGAAGUUAGCAUCAACACUGAAACGCUAGAAUGCUUGAUUCGCAAGUGCCCUGUUCUUGAGAGGUUGACAUUGUUGGAGUUUGGUUAUCCAGUUUACUUGAAGAUUCAAAACACAAAACUUAGAUAUCUGAAGAUAGUUUCUGCAAUAGGAGAUAUAAUUCUCCAUGAUAAUCCUUUCCUAGUUAGUGUUGAAAUUCGCUUGAGGAUCCCACCUAUGCCAAAUAUGUUGGAACAGGAUAACAAUUUAGUCAGGAUUUUUGGUUCUUUGCAGGGGAUUAGAAGACUUGCUUUGUCAGAUUUUUCUAUUUUGUUUAUGUCCAAUGGAAUUAUCCCAGAAAAGCUUCCUUAUCCGCUUGACAAUCUGACAGUUCUUGAACUGAGUGAAGUAACAGUUGAUACUUUGAAGCAUGCCAUGGUUUGUCUCUGCCUGCUCAAGAGUGCUCCAAACUUGGAGGAACUAUAUAUUUCAGUUGCUCGACCAUUCACUUCUGGAAAACAUGUGACCGAUUUUCUGAGGGACAAAUGUCGGUUUGGCAUGUAUUUCAACCGGCUUAAAGUAGUGAAGAUCAGAGGAGUGUGGGAAAUGGAUCAUGCUUGGCACUUUGUCAAGUUUAUUCUUGCUAAUUCACCAGUGCUUGAGGCUUUGACUAUAGUAUGUUUAAGAAAUGGAAGGUUUACAGAAGAACAAUUACUGCAAUUGGAACGUGCUUCAGAACGUGUGAAGAUUUUAAGCUUAACCGCAGUAGUCUAAUGCCCCUUCUGUGAUACUUUUGUAGUCUCUUAAAGUAGCUAUCUUUGGUGAUUUCCAUCUUUUCAAUGUAUAUUUUGUUCGAUAGACUUAUUUGUGUUUGCGACCUGGAUCUUUGAGAAAGCUAUAAUACAGAUUUUUGAGAUUAGUUUCAAGUUAA